AUGAAUGGUAAGGAAGAAAUUAAUAGCAUAUCAACAAAGAAUAUUUCGACAAAUGAGUUAAAUGAAAAUAUAAAUGGUAGCUUAAAUAAUAAGAAAAGAAAAAAGGCACAAAUAGGAUAUGGAAAUGAUGAUAUAAGUGGUGAUAUAAAUGGUAAUAUGGAUGACAAUAAAAAUGAUAAUAAAAAUGAUAAUAAAAAUGAUAAAAUGGAUGACAAUAUGAAUGAUAAUAUGGAUGACAAUAUGAAUGAUAAUAUGAAUGACAAUAUGAAUGACAAAAAAAAUGUUGUAAAUAUGAAGGAUUUAUUUGCUAGCGAAAGCGAAAGUUUAAAGGAUGAAGAUGAUAGUAAGGAUUCAUUAGUUGAUUUUAAGAGCCCUAAAAAAAAAAAGUCAUCAGAUAAAGAAAAAAGAGAUAUAAAGAAUAAGAAGAAUAUGAAUAAUAUAGAAAGUAUGAAUAAUUUAGAAGAGAACGUAUUAAAUAAUUCUAUAAGAGACCAAUUGGAUGAUGAGAUAGAAAAUGAUAUAAGUGGUAUGAAUGUAUUAUUAGACGAUGUAGAUUUAGAAAGUUUUUAUGGUAGUACUGGAAAAAUAAUAAAAUUAAGAAUAAGGAAUUUUUUAAAUCAUGAAAAUUUAGAAUUAACAUUUAAUUGUUAUAAAAAUAUAAUAAUUGGAAAAAAUGGUAGAGGUAAAAGUGCAAUUGCACAAGCUGUUGCUGUUGGAUUAGGUAGUCAAGGCAAACAUGCAGGAAGAGAUAUAAAUUUAGCUAACUAUAUAAAAGAUUAUGAUAAGAAUAAAAAGAAUUUAGUAUGUUCUAUAGAAAUAUUUUUAUCAAAUUCUGGAAAUAAUGCUUAUAAACGUGAUAUAUAUGGAGAUGUAAUUGUAAUAAAAAGAAUGUUUUCUUCUCAUUCUAAUAAAUUUUAUUUAUAUGGAUUACAAAAAAAUAUUUACACAUCAGAUAUAACAAGGGAUAUGUUAGAAAAAAAAAAAAAAAAAAGUGAACAUAUAUCCCCCAAUAAAUAUGACAAUAAUAAUGAUGAUAAUAUUUAUAAUGAUGAUAAUAUAUUGGGUAGCAAAAAUAAAAACAAUAAAUUUAAUCAAAAUAAAUAUGUAAGAAAAAAGUCAUUCAUUGAGAAUUAUUUAAAUUUUAUCAAACUUAAUAUUAAAAGUCCAUGUGUAUAUUUAGAUCAAGAAAAAGGAAAACAAUUUUUUUCAAAUAUAACAGCAAAAACAUUACAUAAAUUUUUUAUGACUUCAGUAGGUUUAAAUAUUGUAGAAGAGGAAAUUGAAAAAGAAGAAGAGCUUUUAAACAACUGUUUAAUUAAAAUAAAACAAAAAGAAUUAUUAUUAAAUCCAUUUGAAGAAGAAUUAAGAAUAUCACGUGAAAGGAAUAUGUUGUUAGAAAAGAAUUUCAAUAUAUUAUAUUUAUAUGAUUGUAAUUAUAAGAAAAUAAUAUUUUAUGAACUAUUAAAAACUUGUAUUUUACAUUUUAAUGAAUAUAUAAAAUAUGAAAGUAUUAAAAAUGAAAAUAUUUUAUAUAGUAUAGAAUUUAAAAUGAAUACUUUAAUAAAUAAGAAUGAAGAUAUAAAAAAUGAAUUAAAAGAUGUGCUACAUAAAGAUUAUAAUAUAUAUAAUGAUAUAAUAAAAAAGAAUAUAGAUAAAAUAUUUAAAUAUAAUAAUAUGAUAAAUGAAUUAAGUAAUAUAAAAAUAAAACAUAUACAAAGAAAAGAUGAAAUUCUUAAUUAUCUUAGUUCAUUUGAAAAAGCUAAAGAUAAUAAAAAUAUUGUUCAAGAAUAUAUAAAUAAAUAUGAAUCACAAAUUAAUUUAUUAAAAGAAAAAAUUAAAACAGAAAAUGAUAAAGAACUUGAACUUAUUAAAGAAAUUAAUAAUAAAGAAAAUUCAAUAUAUGAAAUGAAUUAUUUAAUAAAUAAGUAUCAAAAUAAUAUUGAUGAUAUUAAUAAAAAGAUAAAAUAUAUAUCUAUGCAAUCAAAUAAAUUACAAAAAAUUAAAAAUAAUGAAAUAAAAAAGAAAAUAUAUAUAUAUGGAUAUGAUAUAUAUAAUGUAAGAAAUAAUAUUAUAAAAUAUUUUAACAUGACAACUAUCAUGUCUGAGAAAAAUUCAUAUCAUGAUAAUUUGACAAAUGAUAAGACAAAUGAAAAUAAUAAUAAUAUUAAUAAUAAUAAUAUAUUGAUGGAUGAGAAAAAAAAUAAAAACAAUUCUUCAAAUAAUAAUAAUUCCUUUUAUUUUAAACAUGAACCUAUAGGUCCAGUAGGUGAAUACAUAAAAUUAAAAGGACCUGUUGAAAAUACAAAAAUUUUAUCUAUUAUAGAAAAACAUUUAGGUGAUAUAUUUUAUUCAUGGCUUGUCAGUUGUUAUGAAGAUAAAAAUCAUUUGAAUAAAAUGGAUAUAGAAAAUAAGAGUAAAUUUAAUAUAAUCAUAACUAAUGCAUUCAUGCAUGUUAAUCGAGAGAAACUAUUACAAAAUAUAUAUUUUUUAUUAAGUCGUAUUAAAGGUAAUACCAUAUAUUCUUUUUUAGAUAUCGAUUUAUUGCCUACACCUUUAUUAUUUUAUCUAUAUGAUAAUUUUAAAAUAUUACAGACUCUAAUAUGUAAAAAUUCUAAAGAAUUACAAGAAUUAUUACAUGUAAAUGAUAAAAAAAUUAUAAAGUCUAUAUAUGUCAUAGACGAUUUUGUAUUAGUAAAAAUAUUAUCAAAUGAAAGUUUACAUUAUAUUCCAUCAAAGCAGGAAUAUUAUAAAGAUGUUCUUUUUUUGAAAUGGACUAAGGAUGAACAGAAAACGAACAAUAAUAUGGAAAAUGAAAAGAAAACACAAAGUGAAAUAAAUAAUAAUAAUAGUAAUAAUAAUAAUAGUAAUAGUAAUAAUAAUAGUAAUAAUAAUAAUAAUAAUAGUAAUAAUAAUAAUAAUGAUGAUGAUGAAGAAAAAAAAAAAAAAAAUCUUGUUGAACAUCUUAAUUUGUUGCAAUCAGAAUUUCAAACAAACGAAGAACAAAUUAAAGAACUAGAAAAAACAAAAAUUCAAAAAGAAGAUGAAAUAUCCAACAUGUCCAAGAAAAUAUUAUCUUAUAAAAAUGUUGUUAAUAGUUUAAACGAAUCAUUAGAAAAAUGUAAAUAUUCUCAAGAUGAAUUAAAAUAUGAAUUAAAAAAUUUAGAUGAAUUAAAAGCUAACCAUGAUAAUAUUUUUUCAGAACAAUUAGAUAUCGAAAUAAAAGAAAAAAAUAAUGAUAUUAAAGAAAUUGAUGAAUAUAUAAAAGAUAUAAAUGACUAUAUAAGCAUCUUAGAAACAAAAAAGGAUAAGGCAUUAAAUAAUAAUAGUUUAUAUAAAUAUUUUAUAUCUACACAUAAGGAAUAUUUAAAAAAAAAAAAAGAAAAUGUUCAAUAUAUAAUAGAAGAAUAUGAUAAUUUGAAAGAAGUAUUAAUUAAAUUAGAAAAAGAUAAACUUAAAAAUGAUGAAAUCGCAUCAAAAAAAAAAAAAAAUUUUAUCAUAUCAAUAAAUAAAUUACAUAGUAUAUAUUUCGAAUCGAUACGUAACACUUUUGAUUUGGAUCAAAUAUUUUUGAGAAAUCCAUUUUUAAUAUUGAAGGAUAAAUAUGAAAACUGGACUAUAACAAAUGUAAUCAUAAGGAGAAAAAAAAGGGAGGAUAAUAUAAAUGUGGGGGAUAUUAUGAAUUAUGUGAAUAAUUCAAAUGAUAAUAAUCAUCACAAUGAUGAACACAAUGAUGAUCAUAAUGAUAACCACAAUGAUAAUCACAAUGAUGAUCACAAUGAUAAUCACAAUGAUAAUCACAAUGAUAACCACAAUGAUGAUGCUAUAAAAACCAGUUGCACUUCUAUCGAAGAAAACAAAUUAAAUGAAAAUUAUCAGAUAGAAACUAUUUUUGUCAUUCAUAAAAAUCCAGCAAAUAUAACAAAAUAUGAUGAACAGCAUAUUAAAGUGAAUAUUCCUUUGUCAUGUUUAAAUUCUUUUAAUAAAAUUUUUAUGUCUUCAAAAGGUGAAGAAGAAAAUAUGUUAGAAAACAGCAAAGACAGUUAUAAUAAAAGUGUAAUAAAAGUGGGGAAUAAUAAGGAAGGUGAAAUAGAAGUAUUAAUAGAAUUAGAAGAAUAUGUAAAAAAAAAUAUUGUGAGUAAUGUUUUAAAUGAUAAUAUAAAACAAGUAGAUAAUAUGGAUCAGAAUAAUAGAGAUCCAAAUAACAUAAGUGAUGAUAAUAAUGAUAAAUAUUAUGAUGAAAAUAAUAAAAUGAAUGAAAAGUAUCAUAGUAUAAUAGAAAGAAAUAUUUUUGAAAAUGAUUCAAUAGAUAUGUUAAAUGAAAAAUAUGAAGAUAUAUUAUGGAAAAAAAGAUGUAAUAAAAAAAAAGAAAUAUUAGAAAUAUUAAAAAUGCAUGGAUAUAUAGAAAAAGAAAAUAAUACAGAUAAUAAUUUAAAAGAUUAUUAUAAUAAUUUAAUUGAACAAUAUAUAAAUGAUGAAAAAAGUUUUGAAAAACAAUUAAAACAAAUAUCUGAUUUAAGAAAUAAUUAUGAUAUGCACUUUUCUAAUAUCACAUUAAGAAAAUCUAAAUUUCUAGAUAUUCUAGAAAAAACAAAAAAUCAAAUCACAUUACAUUUUAAAAAUAUGUUAAAACUUAUGAAUAAUUAUAAAGGAAAAAUUGAAUUUGAUGAUAUAAAUAGAAAUCUAAAAGUCAUGGUAUCAAUUAAUCAGGAUAUUUCAAAUAAUGUUUAUAUGGAAAUUAAUUCUUUAUCAGGAGGAGAAAGAUCAACCAUACAAAUGGCUUUAUUGGCUUCAUUUUCUUUAACAGAAUCUUCUUCAUUUCAUAUUUUUGAUGAAUUAGAUGUAUACAUGGAUGAGCUUACCAGAGUCAAAAAUAUGAGACUCUUUUGUGACUUUGUUGAAAAGAAUAAUGAUAAACAAUAUUUUUUUAUAACACCUCACAUAGAAAUAACUGAAUUAUUUUUAGGUGAUGCGAAGCAAAAGAAGGCUAAAAUAUUAAACUUAUCUUAA